AUGGGCUUCUUGGGGAUAUAUACGGCAUUGUACGACUAUCAGCCUCAAGGGGAAGGUGAGCUUGAGAUACAGGAAGGGGAGGUGCUGUUCUUGCUCGAGAAGGGCGAAGAUGACUGGUGGAAAGCAAAGAAGAAGGCGGCCGAUGAUGAAGACGAAGAACCAGUAGGCCUGGUGCCAGCUAAUUACUUGGAAGCAGCCAAACCAGCUGGUUUCGCGAAAGCACUCUACGACUACUCCAGACAAACUGAUGAAGAAGUUUCUUUCGCGGAGGAUGCGCAGUUGACGGUCUUUGAUACAUCAGACCCAGACUGGAUACUGGUGGGCUUGAAGGAAGAUUAUGGCUUCGCGCCGUCAAACUACAUCGAGAUAAGUGAAAGCGAUCCUGCACGAUCCCCUGUUUCUCCCCCAAGCAGUGCACCACCGAUCGCCCGUGUCACAGCCGAACCUGAGCCAGAAGAGUCUCCUCGUGCGAGUACCCCAACCUCGUCCCUCGGACCUGCAGCGUCGCUUGCCAAAGUACUGGGAGGUGGUGCGCCUGCUGCUUCGAGGUCCGUUUCAGGAGCUGACGCUCCCUCCCAUCGCCAGCGUACACCGGAGCCUUCAGAUGAGGAACAGCCCGCCCCAGCUCUGCCUCGGCGGCCUCCUUCCCAGCAGCUUUCACCACCACUCAACCAGCACACAUCUCCACAGAAAGACGACCCUCCAGGAGUCAUCGAAUCGCCCCCUUAUAACAGAACUACUCAUAGAGAAGCGAGAGAGCGCUCCCAAGUUCGCUCCCCUGGUGGAUAUCAUCUGUACAAUAUCAAUGAAAUGGUAUCUGCAAUGGGAAAGAGAAAAAAGAUGCCAACAACAUUGGGAUUAAACGCAGCGACAGGAACAAUCAUGGUCUCCCCAGAAAAAUCCAGGGAUGGGCCGUCCCAGGAAUGGACAGCAGACAAAAUGACGCACUACUCUAUCGAAGGCAAGCACAUUUUUCUGGAACUGAUACGACCAACCAAGAGCCUAGACCUUCAUGCAGGGGCGAAAGAUACCGCCGAGGAGAUUGUUUCUGUUCUAGGCGAGAUGGCGGGCGCUGUACGUGGCGAGGGCCUCCGGGAAGUGAUGGCAGCUGCAUCCGGAGCUGCAGGAACGAAAAAGGGGCAUAUGCUGUAUGAGUUCAUGGCUCAAGGAGACGACGAGGUGACUGUGGCCGCGGGUGAUGAUGUGAUAAUCUUAGACGAUACCAAGUCCGAGGAAUGGUGGAUGGUUCGAAGACUCAAGAAUGGUAAUGAAGGAGUUGUUCCCAGCAGCUAUGUUGAGGUCACGGGGACGACGUCAGCAGAACCAGUGAGCCGCUCCGGAAUCAAUGCGGGACGUUCGACGGUAGAACAAAACCGGUUGGAUGAAGAACGACUGGCGAAAGAGGCAGCGAAAAGACAGAAGCAGAGGACAUCUGAGGCAGAUUUCAACGACGAACCACCCUACAUAAGAGGCGUCGAAGUGGCACCAGGGAUGAAGCUGCCAGACAGAGGCAGUAGCCUGACAUCGGACGAUCCUGGUCGUCGUGACAAAAGACCCAGCCGGAGUGAUGGGAAAUCGUCGAAACCGAAACCAGAUCCAGCCAAGACUCGCACAUGGACGGACCGCUCAGGGUCAUUCAAAGUCGAAGCACAGUUUAUCGGACUUUCCGGCGGCAAGAUCCAUCUUCAUAAGGCCAAUGGAGUGAAGAUUGCUGUUCCGAUAACAAAGAUGGCACCCGAAGACCUUGCCUACGUAGAAAAGGCGGCAGGCGUGUCACUCGAUGAGGAGAAGCCACUUGGAGAUUUGCAAAGGAAGAAACGGUCAGAAAAUGAGGCUGAGAGAGCAAGGGUCUCCAGCUCUGGAGCUUCGGUCGAGCCUUCAAAGCGCCCUGAAUAUGAUUGGUUUGAUUUCUUUCUCAAAGCUGGAGUUGGCCCUCAUCUAUGUGAACGAUACGCUCAGAACAUGAACAAGGACUCGAUGGACGAAAGCAAUCUUCCAGACAUUACGCCGGAUGUUCUACGGACCUUGGGGCUGAAGGAAGGUGAUAUGUUGCGUGUCAUGAAGCAUUUGGACACUCUUUUUGGACGAGUUUCAGGCAAGUCCAAUGUCAGGACUGGAGAUGGCGAAGGCACAGGCACCAAUGGCUCUGCUGGGGGCUUGUUCUCUGGAGCUGGUGGCACUCUGCGGAACAACACACGAAAAGGAAGGCCAGAAUCCAAUCGGGUGGUUAGUGACGUCGUCGAUGCAAAAGCUUUCGAGCAGACCGGUGAUCGGCUUAAGUCACCCCCUCUAGAGUCGAAAGCAACCCCAUUGACUGCUGCUCCCAGCAGGGACAAAGUACAGAGCGGAUUUGAUGACGAUGCAUGGGAAGUGAAGCCAUCGAAGGAAGCUGCGUCAACUGUGCAACCCACACCAACGACCAAGACACCGUCGUCUACUCCUGCGCAGCCACAGCUUACUGGAGCAAUGGCAGAACUCUCGUUACUUUCGCCCCCAUUGCAACCCACAGUGGCCUCUCCUCAACCUCCUCCACAACUUGUUCAGGCGCAAGCCUCGCAACAGCAGCCUACCCAGCCAGCCGUGCCUGCUACUGCUCCUCAGCAACCACCUCAGCCUACUGGCGCAAGCCCAUCGUUCUUCGGGCAGCUCAAUCCUCCGCAAGCUGGGCUACCUGGUCCACAGCCCUCUUCUAGCCAACCAAUGUCUAUGCAACCUCAAAACAGCAAUUUCCUGCCUAUGCCACAGCUCAACGCUCCUCGACAGAGGCCUCAAGCUCCACAGCAGCCUCUGAGUCCAGGUUCAUUGUUACCUCCUCCCCCUAGACCAUUGUCUGCGCCUCAAAACUUUCAACCGCAGAACCAGUUCGGACCUCCACCACUUCAGCCACAACUGACCGGAAUCUCGUAUGCCUCGGUCUUACAGGCUCCCGCUGGUCAGAGCCUGAACGACCUGAGUCCGCAAGGAGGACAACAAUUCUCGCAGCCGCACCACCUGCAGUCGCAGCCUACUGGAUUCUCUCAACAAGGCCCGGGCUUUGCUUCUUUCUCAAGUGGUCUCAUGCCUCAACAGACUGGCUUUCAGCCUCAAGGACAGCCAAUCAGUGGUCAGCAGCAAUUACCAUAUAUUAAUGGUAAUGCAGCUGGAAGUCCAUUUGCUGAUCCAAGACCACAAUUCCAGCCUCAACCCACAGGCUUUGGAAGCUUCAACCAGCAGCAGGGCUUACCGCCCAGCGGAAUCAACUCUGUGCUACCAACCCCGUUGCAGCCUCAACCUACUGGCUUCCAGCCGCAACCACAACAGACAGGCUUUCUACAACCCCAGCAGACUGGGUACCCGCAGCAGCAACAACCGACAGGGCCAGCGUUCCCACAACCACAGCAAGCAGGCUUUCAGCAACCCCAACAGGCGAGCUUUGGUCAGUCGCAGCCGAAUGGAUUCGGCGGGCCUUCAUCAUCAUCAUUCCAGGCCCCACCAAUGCCUCCAAUGCCUCCAAUGCCUCAACAACCGCCCAUUCCCGCGCCCCUACAGCCGCAGAAGACAGGUCCACCGCCGCCCGUUAGGUUUGGUGUCUCAGAUGCGGCGAAGAAAUUGACGCCCCAGCCCACAGGGAGAAGGGCGAAUCUGGCUCAUGCUAGUAAGUCCAUUCCCACCUCAUCCCGGCACGUCGACUGCUAUGCGUGA